ACUUUCCUGACUCAAAACUGACCGAAUGUAGCUAGAAGCAGUAGAAGUGGAACAGGGUUUAGUUUGUCACCGCGGCCGUUUGCAAGAAAGUGUUGCCUUACUGACACAAGCACUGGUCCGGCAGGUAGUCUGGGGUAUUCUGCCCGCGCAGGAUCUUCGCCACGGAAGGAGGAAAUACCAGCGACACGCUGAGUUCGACGACAGCUAGUAAGGUGGCAAGUGUGUGUGCGUAGGUGCUCGAGUCAGCUCGAGCGUUUUCUCCGGAGUAAAUAUUUUCUUGGCCGGCAUGCUGCAGUAAGUUGCGCUCAGGGCCAUUGCAUUGCGCAGCACAGUGUGUGGCGGACGCGAGUUGCCGCCCUGCUCCCUACGGAAGUUAGCGUCGGAGUGGAAGGAGGAGAGUACCUUGGCUAGGUAUCGCUUUCCCCUUAGCUUGCAAGCACAGUAGCAUUUGUUGGCGGCCGUACAUAUCCACGGCAUCAGCCCCGUCGGUCACUAGGCAGUAGGCUAGUGGCCUGGCUCUUUUUCGGAAGGAAUUGCUGUUGCGGACACUGGAGCAAGCAUGUUGCACGCUGGGCUUUCGCACUCCCUGUGCGUGGCAACGGUCGUGUUGAUGCUAAUGUUGACAACAGUGGGCACAGGUGGCCAAAACAUGGCCUCCCUGACUGGCCUGAGCGGACGCACAGUGGUUCACAAUACGCGGGUCUACGCCGCUACAAGCAGGGGACUAGAGAUCUUCAACACGUCUCUGGGUAGAGUAGCGACUGUUCUUAUGGGCGAGCAGGUCUUAGCCAUCAGCGCAGUCGAUGACCAGCAGUUUUUCGUGUGCUAUCGCGGAAGCCAGUCGCGCUGCGAGGUACGACAGCUCUCCAAUCCUACUGUAGCCACAGCGAGCAUUAACAUGAGCGGUAUAUUCGUGCCGUCACUCGACUAUGCCACCCUGAGCCGGUCAAGCGUGCUUCCGCGCAUCGCGGACAACACCUUCUAUGCGGGAUUUCCCACCGCGGCAGUCAAUGGAAACCAGGCGCGCACGGCCAUCCGCUUCACGAGAUCCGCGGCGACGCUUAACAUCAUCGCUAGCUUAAUCAUCGAUCCAGACGCUAGCGUGCCGCGAUUCGGCGACUUUGUUAACAGCUUCACCGUAAAUGGCGGCGCGUAUUUUGUUUACAACCUUCCGAAUGUGCAGGUCGGUUCGCGACGGGUUGACGUCGGGUUCAUCGGUCACGUCUGCCUCACCGACGUUGGGUCUUCCGUUCCCUCGGAGUACCCGAAAAUGUACGGCGGCUGGGCUCAGGUGUCUCUUCCGUCCUGGGAUUCGUCGUCCAACCUUGGGCUUGUGGGCAAUACUAUAGUAGACGCUCACCUUGACAGUGCGUCGAUUUACAUAGCGUUUCGAUCAACUCCUCAGGUCCCAGGCUUUAUCUCCACCAUCCCGGUUGCCAACCUGCGCCUUUUGUUUGCCAACACACUCCAUAGCUGUAAUUUUAAACUGGAAGGCGCCAGAAUAGCAGAGUAUAUCAACAUCACGGCCAAAUGUGGAGAUCGUGAAGCUUUUCGUGGUGGUCUUAGCACGCCCACUUGUUUUGGUACAAGCAGCGAUAUACAGGCCCUAACUAGCUAUCCAGUCUCCUUGAUCAACUCAAAACACACCACCUUACUCCUGUCCCUGGACCUGUUGCCAGCUAGCCUGCGUUUCCGCUAUGACAUCCGUAGCAUAGCGAACUCUGACAUAAAUAAGCUUCCUGUGUUCUUUGUUGGCACAAGUACGGGAGAGAUCAUGAAGCUAUUUGAACCAAGUACUGGCAUUUGGUGGGUUUUUGAGGUGGUGAAGCUUGAUGACCGCAGCCAACCUGUAACGGAUAUUACUAUCUCUGGUGGAAAUUAUUAUGCUACAUUGCAGGGGGGAAGCACAGCCUCUGAGGUGCGCAGCGGUCCAGUGGACGAUUGCCACCUGCACACGUCAUGCGGUAGCUGCGUCAAUCCUGGGCGUUACCAGGCAGCUGUGAGCACGGGGAGACAUCCGUUCUGCUUCUGGUGUGCCUACCGCGGAGAAUGUAAGAAUGACGGAGGACCGGCUGUUAAUAGCGCACGCUGCGAUCUACCAGGGUUCUCUAACUUAUAUAUCAUGGACGAUAUGUUUUGUCCAAACAUCACAGCAAUAACACCUCCGCUCACUUCUGCCCUCGUGUCCGAUCAAAUUACCCUUAGCGCCGACAACUUCCCGGCCGUGAGCGGAACGUUUGAGUGCCGCUAUCCCGACGUGCCGAGUCUCGCUAGUGCGGCGAGCGUGCCUGCAACAUCCAGCACCACGGCAACGGGGUCCACCACCUUCACGUGUGCCUCGCCGCGAGGAGGAACCAACGGUCAAGGUUUUGCCGAUGUCAACGUGGCCAUAUAUAGCAGCACACUCCAACGGGUGCUCCUGUCCACUGACGAGACCAAGCUGUCACUGUACAACUGUCAGUUCAUCACAAGAUGUGAGCAGUGUACAGAUGCUCAGAUUGGGUGCGGAUGGUGCUCGUACGCAAACGAAUGCCGUCCAACAGGUGGUUGUAGUGAUCAGGUGAUGAGCUGUCCUGUGAUAUCCGCCGUUGACCCGCUGGCAAUCAGUAUCGCCGUAGCGACCAACCUGACGUUCACUUCCACCGCGUUCCCGGCGCCUCGUACUGGAGACACGUAUGAAUGCAGCAUAUCGUCACGGGAUGGUCAAUUGUCACAAAACACAACUGCCACCUUGACUGGCAAUAAAUUAUACUGUAAACAGUUUACACUGAACUCGAGCUUUGUGCCUGUGGUCGGAAACGGCAGUGAGGAGCUGAGGAUUGCUCCCGUCUUCAACGGCUAUGUCAUGACGAACAACUCGGAGUUUAUCAAGAGCGAAAGUUACGACUGUUCUCGCACUGGUGCAAACGGCUGCAGCCCCUGCCUUGCCUUUCCACAGUAUGAUCGGUGUAGGUGGUGUCCAAGCAGGGAGGUCUGUAUGGUUGACAGCUGCACUGGAGAGCCAGCCAGUAUGAUGUGCCCGUCUCCCAAUAUCACUAAUAUCAAACCCAGGACAGGACCCACCGCCGGAGGCACGGCCAUACUCAUCGAAGGCGUCAACUUUGGCUUCCAGCAAAGCGACAUCGUAGACAUCACCUUCAAUCAGAUGUCUUGCACGAACAUACGCGACUUCUCUAUCAUCUCAGGGGUACGAUGUGACACGCCAAACUUGGGCGGAACUACCUCGCAAAAUUUUCCGGUGACUAUCUCGACGAAUGUUGGUGGUCUCCUGUCCUCUGGCACAGGUGGCAAUUUCACGUUUAGGCCUACUCUAGUGUCUAGCGUCACUCCCGCGAUGGGCCCGGUAUCAGGUGGCACUGAGAUCACCAUCACCGGUCAGUACCUGAAGUUCCCGGCUGGCAAGACCACCGUGCUUGUGACGCAAUCUCCAUGUUACAUUCUCUCCGUAAACGAGAACGUGAUCACGUGCAGAACUACUAACGGCACGAUGGGCAUGAACAAUUUUGUACUCACUAUCGACGGCUACUCGUUCACGCAGCAGUUCCAAUACGUGCCGGAUCCCACUGUCACGGAGCCGUCGCGUACGAACACCAUCGCAGUUGGUGGUAUUCCGCUGAUAUUCUCCGGCAGCAAUCUGGAGGGUGUGGGGUCGCGACAGGCUCAGUUCACUUUCUUGGAAAACAAUGCCACUAUUAGCUUGAACAUAACGUGUACCGUACCACAGGCCAAUCAGCUGAGCUGCAUUAUACCGCCUAUACCGAUUGAUGGAGUUGCAAGCGUGACACUGUUCCUGGACGGCCUGGUGUUUGCCACUUCGGUGGCUCUCACCGCCACCACCUCGCCAUUGUUCGAACAGGAAGAUCACAUAAUCAUCAGCGGCGUCGAGCAGACCAUCACUCUCAACGGUACAGACAUCACAAUCGGGGACCUCAUGGCAAGCGAAUACAGUGUUGUGAUUGGCGAUGACGGCGUUUGCGACAAAAUAACAAUUGAAGCGAACCGUCUGGUGUGCCAACCGCCCACCAGCCAGCCCAACGGACAAGCCAUCAACGGCUCUCUGCCCAUUGUGGUGCGUGCGGGUAAUUUUGUCGCCGCUGCCGGAGGUGCAACGUACCAGCCGCUGAGUGACACCAGCAUAAACGCGGCGUUGAUCGCGGGUCCGAUUGGCGCGGUGGUGGCCGUCCUGCUCAUCGUGCUGCUGGUCGUGUUCCUGCGCUUCCGUCGCCGCGAGACCGCUCACACGUCGCAGAUGAAGAGCCUGCUUUACCAGAUGGACGCCAUAGAGGCAAACGUAGCAAGCGAGUGCAAGUCGGCCUUUGCCGAUCUCCAAACGAAUCUGGACGACCUGGGUAUCACGCAGGAGACGUCGUUUGAGGCGCUGCCAUUCUGGUCCUUCGACGAGUACGCUAACAAGCUGCUGUUUCCACACAGUCGCCUGGUGCCGCUGGAGCAGAGAGUGAACCUGCCUGAUGGCGAGCUGGCUAACCUGCGCGAUUCCAUGAAGCGAUUCGAACAGCGUCUCCUCUUGGAUAAGAAGUUUCUGAUUCCGUUCAUCGAGACACUGGAGUCCCAGAAGAAGUUUGUCAUGGUUGACAGGGUGUUUGUUGCUUCUCUGAUGAUGGUGGCCUUCCAAGACAACCUUUUCUAUGCAACUGAAAUCUUGAAGGUUCUCCUGACCUCGUUGAUACGCAAUGGCUCUGGGAAGAACCCUAAGCUGCUCUUGAGAAGAACGGAGUCCGUAGCCGAGAAGCUCCUGACCAACUGGCUGUCGUUCUGUCUCCAUGACUACAUCAGGGCGGAGGUGGGCACACCACUCUUCAUGCUCUUCCACGCCAUGAAGACGCACAUCGAGAAAGGUCCGGUGGACGCGGUAACCGGCGAGGCACGCAACUGCCUCAGCGAGGAGCGCCUCCUGCGUGACAAGGUGGACUGCGUGGAGCUGGCCUGCUACGCCGUGGAGAGCCUGCACCACCAGCGGCAGCAGAACCAGCGACACACAGUGCACCUGCUCUCCUGCGAUUCCAUCAGCCAGGCAAAGUCGAAGGUCAUGGAUGCCAUCUACAAGACCAUGGCUAUAUCAAGGAGACCUGCGUUCGACUUGAUGGACUUGUCUCUAGUCAGUCCAACAGGUACUAGCACUAUACCGAUGCAGGACUUGGACCAGACGUCCGCAGUUCAUGGGGACCAGCAGCAAAUCAACACUCUUGGAUUCUAUCAGGUGAAGCAGGGCAGUACAUUUUGCGUCACGCGUCGCGGCGAGGCCACUCUCGGUCGAGCAAGGGACCAGCUAUCAGUACUGUUCCCACGCCACUCACAGAUGCAGCGCAUGGCCAGCGAGGACGCAGGAAAAAUCUGGCACUUGACCAAGCCGCAAGAAUCUAACGACAACCAGGCAGCAAAUGGUGGUCGUGCAGCAGUGGGCGCUAAGCUAGUCAGCGAAAUCUACCUCACUCGCCUACUGUCCGCCAAGAAAACACUGCAGACGUACGUGGAUGGCCUGUUCAGGGUGGUGUUCUGCUCCGACGAUGGCCGAGUACCAGCUGCAAUCAAGUACCUGUUUGAUUUCAUCGACCAUCAGGCUAUCGACAUGGGCAUCAGUGACCCGGAUGCUAUCCAGACGUGGAAAAAUAACAGUAUCCCGCUGCGCUUCUGGAUCAACGUGAUCAAGAAUCCAGAAUUUGUGCUGGAUAUCAACAAAACUGCAACGGUCGACAACUGCCUCUCGGUCGUUGCUCAGGCGUUCAUGGACAGCUGUAGCACGCAAGACAUGAGACUGACAAAGGACUCGCCAUCCACCAAGUUGCUCUAUGCCAAGGAGGUGAAGGAGAACUAUCGUCAGAAAAUCCAGAGCUAUUAUUCGGAAAUCGCAGCAAUGCGACCGAUUGAGGAGUCGGAAAUGCAGGAAAUGAUGCGAAAAGCUUCCGAGACACACAUGCGUCACUCUGACCUACUUCCCAAGGACAGUGCCGUGUUUGAGCUCUUCCUCUACGCCAGCCGCUACGCAGACGAGAUAUCGGACACGCUCGAGGAGGACAACCGCACUGGCCUCGUCAAGGUCUUCGAGUCGCUGCUAUCCGACGUGCCGGAGAGCGUGCAGAAAGCACAGAUGCAGCAGAGCUCCGUGGCCGGCCAGAACGGUGGCCAGACCGUCACCCAGGUUGUGUAGACCGAGCUGCAGCGGUGACGGCGGAGGGCAGCGAGCCUGACCACCGAUCUAGCCACAACAACCACCACCACCGGACCCUUCUCUCAGUGUGCUUGUGGGCCACGAGCACGGCGUGAACCACGCUGCACUGUUACUAUCACUACUAUGAAUAUUUAUAACCGGUGCACGCCUUUUUUUUUUUACGAAAUGCUGUCCAGCACCGCGGCUAGACAACGACGCCGACUGGUUGGCAGUGGACUGUGUGGCCGCAUGGCCGCGCACGCACGCUAGUCACGUCCCCGUGAACGCACUAUUGCGGGCAUGCCGCUCGCAGCAGUGCCGUCACACUUGCGGCGAUGUGCGUGUGUGUGUCGUCAACGUGCUCGCAACCCCGCCCUGCAAACCCGUCUGUUGACAAAGUAAUAUAAAUCCCUCCAGCCUGCUGGUAGCAGAGACCACGCCAUUGCACAAUGCCGCUUAGCAGUGUUGGUGGAGUCCCUGACGAUGCAACAGCAGCAACACAAACAACGACUUGAGAUAUCUGUUUUCUUCCUCAUCGCGUGGUGUGUAUUGUCCCAGCAGCCCACAAACUUCAUCUUUCACAUUGUCCUCUAAACUCUGCCGUUCUCGUAUUGCGCAUGGCUUGUUCGUCGCCGUCGUCCGUUAGACCGCUCAGACCUCACCCGGCUGAAGACUGUACUCUGUAUCUGGCGUUGCAUUGAGCCAGGACUAGCAGAUAGCCACCGCUGAUAAUUAAUGUGUCGAUGUUUGCAAUUUGAUGCUGCCCUGCAGUGCUGGCCGACUGCAUGGCAGCCCGCAUAUACUGUGCUGGUAUCUGUCUUCACAAGUAGCUUCUCCCGUCGCCAAGUAGUCGCCGAUAUCAGGAGGGUGUCGUUUCGAACCCCUGACCGCCGCACUGCCGGCUUGCAUGUAUUUCUUUGUACGCUCCGUGUUUUGACCUUGCAUACGUCUUCCUUGUUGACCACCACGGCCAGCUUGCAUUGUAGUGUUGUGUACAGUCUGUGUGUGUUUUGACCGUUGUUUUGACCGAGUUGUGUACGUCUUCCUUGUUGACCUCGAAAGAAACGUGUCACGGCAAAUUUAUUUUUGAUUUGACCUACACUGGCAUGCCGCUAUGUUCUGAGUUGCAGCACCCGAUUUUGUAUCAUUCGGCUUAUUUUCCCUGCCGAUGUUAGCACACCCCGUUGCGUCAGCCCGGUAGCCACAAGCGUGGAUGGCCGCAGAAUAGUGUCACCUCCAAAUGGUGCUGGUUAUUUUUUGCCCCAGUGUAUGGCCGGUGGUCGAAAUCGUGCCGAUGCCCUCUCGUUUCUAUUCUCCGCAUUGUCGCCGGGUUUCCGGCACACUUCAAUAGCUCCAGCUCUUCAGGAGAAAUUCUUUCUAAAUCGGACCGCUAUCAAUAACUGAACUGCACAAAUGCUAUCAUAACCGGACCUGCCUGAUGGUGUCCAUCAAUUGGAGGCCAGCAUGCAACAUUCUACACAUAGCGCUGCUCGCGGAGAUGUUUUUACGGUUUUGUUUUUCAUCUGCAACAUUUUUAUUUCAAACAAAAUGGCCAUCUACUAUUGUAACGUUAUUUGUUUCUUUGUAUGACAUCAUGUUUGAUCGGAUUAUGGUUUUUACCGUCUAGACUCGAUUCUGCGUGAACUCUCUCCGACGCACCCCCUCGACACACACGUACAUGCACGCGCACACGCGCACACACGCACACAUGUAUGCUUACGGAGAGAUUUCUGCCCUGCUUGCUGAGAUGUCAGUCCGUUCCUGCAUUUUUCUUGGCUUGUCGUCUCUCUGCUGACACAUUAAAUUGUGGUUUCAUUUGAUGUUUUUUUUGUUUUAAUUAUACCAUAAUUUAAGAAUGUUAUCCAGACAGUGUUCUGUAUGAUUUACUUUCCCUACAACAUGUAUUUUCCCAGUCCGAGCAAAACCGACUGUUGACUCUGUGUA